GUUUGUUCCUUUGCACCUAACUAUCUCUAAUCUCAUCCUCCAUUAGCUAACCGUCGAAACCCCGCUUCCCUCCCUCUUUAGGAAUAAAGCCCAAAGCAAACGUUAAGUCGUCAUCGGAAUCUCCGCCACUUGAGUAGCUGAAGCGGCGGUUUCACGCUACGUUACUACGUUUCAACUUCCAAUUUCGGUCUCCGAAAACGAUGAUUUCUUUUUAAAAUAAUCUAAGAAAAAAAAACCUUUUUUGACAACGACACGCCUCUGCUACGUUCCCAAGCUAACUAACCCAAAAGAGGAAAAAAAAAAACACCAAUAAUUAUUUUAUUCUGAAAACGAUAGAGAGAAAAAGCCCGCCCUUGUAACCUCCUAAAGUAGUGGCUUUUGCUCAUAUCCUCUUAUAUAUGGUUUGGAUUAUUAUAUAUAAAAAAUAUUUUCGUACAUAAAGAAUAACGAGAGAAUCUGAGAAAUUCAAUCAUCCGUUUUUCGUGAAUUUAAUCUCGUUCAAUUCGUGUGAAGUGAAUACGUUUUUUUUUCAAGAUUCUGUUUGGUUGCAGAUACAAUUCUGAUCGUGAUCGAGGAUAAAAUUACAAUGCCUGUUCCAGGAGAGUUAAUUGCAUUUGAAGAAAGUGAGAAGUUUAGCAAGGAUGCGAAUUUGGAUAUUGAGACGUCUGAAGACGAGAAAAGGAGGAGGGGACGAGGGAGAUCUCUGAAAAAGAAAGCGAUGACUGCUUCGACGAAGCUAACUCAUAGCCUUAAGAAGCGUGGCGGACGCGUGUCUGAUUGCAAAUACACGGCAAUUUCUAUCGAGGAUGUAAGGGAUGCGGAGGAGGAAAAGGCUGUCAAAGCUUUUCGCCAGGCGUUGCUUGCAAAGGACCAGCUUCCCUCACGUCAUGAUGAUUACUACACUUUGUUAAGAUUCUUGAAAGCAAGGAAGUUUGACCUUGACAAAACUAUCCAGAUGUGGGAAGAUAUGCUGAACUGGAGAAAUGAGAAUGGUGUGGAUACUAUUGUACAGGAUUUUGUGUUUGAUGAAUACGAAGAAGUUCACCAGUGUUACCCCCAUGGUUACCAUGGUGUGGACAAACAGGGGCACCCUGUUUAUAUUGAAAGAAUUGGUAAAAUUGACGUUGGCAAGCUGAUGAAGGUCACUACAGUUGAAAGAUUUUUAAACUAUCAUGUGCAGGGCUUUGAGAAGGCUUUCUUGGAGAAGUUUCCUGCCUGUUCUAUGGCUGCCAAGAAGCCUAUAGAUUGUACAACGACAAUAUUAGAUGUGCAGGGGUUGAACUGGAUGAGCUUUGGCAAGGUUGCAAAUGAUCUUGUGAUGCGCAUGCAGAAAAUUGAUGGUGACAACUAUCCUGAGACUCUACAUCAAAUGUACAUAGUUAAUGCUGGAAGCAGAUUCAAAAUACUAUGGAACACUGCAAGAGGCUUUCUUGAUCCAAAAACUACUGCAAAAAUUCAUGUUCUUGGGAACAAAUUCCAUACUAAAUUAUUGGAGAUUAUUGAGCCAAGCCAAUUGCCAGAGUUUCUUGGUGGAACUUGCUCAUGCCCUAAUGAUGGCGGGUGUCUUAGAUCUGAUAAGGGACCCUGGAAAAACCCAGAAAUAAUGAAGUUGACACACUUGGGUUAUGCCUUGUACUUGAGGAAAACAGAAAGUUCUGAGAAUGACAAUUUGGAAGUCAAGUUUUUGUCCACUAAGGUUGCAACUAGUGAAAUAUCUUGCGUUUCUGAUGUGAGGCUAGAUACUUCAGAUUUCAUGCAGUUAGUGUCACUUUCCAACGAAGAAAGGAUGAGUGGUCCUAACUCUUUGUAUGGUACUAGCAAACCAGAAAACGCUGCAAGAACUCUAGCUAGUUCAACAAAUGACAUAACUACCGAUGUUAGUCCCAGAAAUGCAGGAAAGAAGCUUGUACACCAUGUGACAAGUUUUUUUACUCACUUUGUACUCAAAUUGUUAGCAUUUAUAUAUUUCUUAGUCCCUGGACUGGGAAGAUUUCUGAAAGCACAAGACUCGAAACAACAAACAGAAAACCAGUCAAAUGACCAGAUGGCAGGUUCAGGGUCUACAGAAAAUGGAAUUUUGACAGAAGCAGAAGAGGACUUGCUCCGUCCAUGUUGGCAGAGGCUACAAAAUUUAGAAACAAUGGUAACCAAGCUGUAUAACAAGCCUGCAAAUAUUCCUCCUGAAAAAGAGGACAUGCUUCUUGAAUCAUUGAAUCGGAUUAAAUCCAUGGAACAAGAUUUACAGAGAACUAAGAAAGCAUUAUUUACAACUGCAUCAAAACAAGUAGAACUUGCUGAGUUGUUGGAGCACUUAAAGGAGUGCAACUUAGCUGGGAAAUUUUCAUGUUGGGGAAGAAACUACAAACCAUUGAACCCAGAAAGAUGAAAUUGCUUGGGUGACGCUGGUUUAGCUUUGGUAGCCAAUAUGCUGUCUUGUUUUGUCUCUCAAAAAUGCUAUAUAUAAGAGCAGGAGUUGGAUAUCUAUCUCUCUUGACAGCUUCAAUCAGUCAAGGUUGAUGCAAGACAGUUGCGAGAUGAUCAUUGAAAUAAACUUUCUGACAAAGUAGUUGAAAAGAGCCGUUCUUGACCUCACUCGCAUAGCAUUGAAAAGAGCAGGUAAGUUCGUGUAAAAGCCAAGUGUUAAGGGGCUAAGUUAGAGAGGUGCUGCGAAAACUGGUGAUGCUUUGUGACUUUUAAUUUAUACAGAAUUUUGGAAAGAUGAAUGUAGAUGGGUAUAAAUUGUAAUACAAAGGAUUAUAGUCAAUUACAGCAAUGAGUGAAGAAACUAUUACUACUUGAUUAAA